CAUGGACAGCGGGAGCCCGACCAGACGCCCCCGGCCCGGGCUCUGAGAGAGACGCCCCCGGGCCCGGAGGUCCCUCCCGGGCGGGUGGCCUCGCCCCCGACCGUGCUAUGAACAGUCCCAGCGUCCGCUUCUCCUCGAGGGUUUGCAAAUGAAAAUGGAGGAAAUGUCUUUGUCUGGCCUGGAUAACAGCAAGCUGGAGGCCUUCGCUCACGAGAUCUUCACGGACCUGGUGGAAGAUGCCUGCCUGGGGCUCUGCUUCGAGGUUCACCGGGCGGUCAAGUGCGGCUACUUCUUCCUGGACGACACGGACCCCGACAGCACGAAGGACUUUGAAAUUGUGGACCAGCCCGGGGUGGACAUCUUUGGGCAGGUGUACAACCAGUGGAAGAACAAGGAGUGCGUCUGCCCCAACUGCAGCCGCAGCAUCGCGGCUUCCCGCUUCGCCCCGCACCUGGAGAAAUGCCUGGGAAUGGGCCGCAACAGCAGUCGCAUUGCCAACCGUCGGAUCGCCAGCAGUAACAACAUGAACAAGUCCGAGAGCGACCAAGAGGACAACGACGACAUCAACGAUAACGACUGGUCGUACGGUUCGGAGAAGAAAGCCAAGAAGAGAAAAUCGGACAAGAACCCGAACUCGCCUCGCCGUUCCAAGUCUCUCAAACACAAAAACGGGGAGCUCAGCAGCAACUCUGACCCCUUCAAGUACAGCAGCUCGGCCGGGAUCAACUACGAGUCUCUGGGCCCCGAGGAGCUACGCUCUCUGCUUACCACUCAAUGCGGGGUGAUCUCCGAACACACUAAGAAGAUGUGCACAAGGUCCCUGCGUUGCCCCCAGCAUACGGACGAGCAGCGGCGGGCAGUCAGAGUCUACCAACUGGGCUCCUCCGCCUCGCUGCCCGAGGUGGAAGGCUCGGCGGAGAACAGCUUCGACGGGGCCGAGGGCCAGGCCCUGAUGAGCCGGCUGCAGUGGGACGGGCCCGCGGACCUCUCCCCGCCGGACUCUGCCUCCUCCAAGACCAGCACCAACAAUUCCGAGUCGCGCAAGAGCAAGAAGAAGAAGCCGCCGCUGAGCCUGGCGGGCCCGGCCCCGGGCCUCGGCUCCAGCAAAAAGAAGAAGCCCAAGCCGCCCGCGCCCCCGGCGCCCCCCACGCCCGGCAUCUACGACGACGUCAACUGAGCUGCGGCAUCUCCCGGGGCACCCCCGCGGUGCCCCCCGAGCCGGGGGGAGGCCCCGCCACCGGGCAGCGGCGCCCGAGGAGACGGAGGCCGGUCGCGGCGCCCGCAAGGACCCGCGGGGCCGGCCGGGAAGCCCCGUUUGGGGGGCGGCCCCGGCCGGAGGCUCCGUGGGUGGACGUGGGGGCCGGCGAGCCGGCGGUAGAGCGGCUCCGGUCACCCCCCACCCGCUCCGGUCCCCUCUCCCCCGGCCCCGAGGGAAGCCGGGGGUCUUCGGGCCCUGCCCGCGGCAGGCUGCCGGACGGAAGGGCCGGGCCAGUGCUCCUUGCCCCUCAGGCCGGGCUGGUGCCAAGGUGGAGAGGGGCUGGGGGGCACCCUAGCUGGCAUGGUGCUUCUUCGGUUUUUUUUUUUUUUACCUCAUCCCCCUCCUGGGGCGAGGGCUCCCUCUCGCUCCCAGGGUGGCUCCGGCUCCCCGGACCCCCGCCCCGCCGGCUGGCCAUUGCUCUGGCUGUUCUUACAUUAUUUAUUAUUCUGGUGUGGCGGCCGGGGGCCCCGGGCUGGGCGGCCUGGGCCAGCGGGGGACUGAACCAGGUGGCCUCGGCUUCCUCUGCCCUGCUGGGUGGGGGUGGGGGGCCGGGGUGGGCUCCCUCCUGUCUGCACGGGGCCCGAGCCGGGCAAAGGGGCGGCCGGACUGUGCCCCACCUUUCCCAGAGUCCCCAACGGGGGUUGUACUCGAAAGGACUGGCUCCUGGGGAGGGAGAGGAGGCCUUGUGGAUGCCCGCUCAGGCCACAAAACUUGCUUUUAACCUCCGACCGUGGCUGGGGAAAGGGUGGGGGUCAAUCCCUUAUUUCCCAUGUCCCGGUCCCGCUGCUUCCGGUCCAAAAGGCCACUUGGGAGCCCAGCGUCCCUCCCCCCCUCAAGGCUUCGGGAUCAGAAAGUGGAAGGGCUUAGAGCUGGUUUGCUCACCUUGACCCUUGGGCUUCCCGAGGCUGGGGGCCGGCAGAGCCCCCCCUCCACAAGCUGCUCCCAGCCCCCCACCCCCAGCUAGGUGUGCUGUUUCACCUUGUCCUAUCGUGACAUGUCUGAGCCAAGGGGGGCUGUGUGUCAUGUUUUCAAGGGUCACCUAGCCCCGGGUGUGGGGGGUGGCAGGAUGCAUGCCGGGACUGGGGGCGGGCGAUAGGCACGACGGGGCCGUGGGGUCUGGAAACUUUUUAUUUUUGCGUAUGUAAUCCAUCCCGUACAGGUAGCUAACUUUGUAAACGCUGUGUUAUGUCCCUCCCUCCCACCCCAAUAAACGCAUCUCCCGA